GAGGCGUAAUUAUCAAAGAAAAAAGAAAAAAAAAAAAGUAAGCAACUGCCGCUCAUUCUUCAAUCUCUGCUUUCUUGCUGUCUCAGAUCCGCCAUUGUUACUUCAUCUUCUUCUUCUUCUCCUUCUUCUUCUUCUUCUUCUUCAACCGAAACAAUAAUAUUAACCGCAACUAGGGUUUCGAGAAUUCGAGUUUAGAAACAACAGCAGGAGGAGACGGUAUUUGUUUUAGCCUUCUUUCGCCUAACUUCAACUAAUCUGGUCUUCCCACUCAAUAGGUCAUCAAGUUCAAAUCUUUGAUUUAGAGCUCUAGUCUUUUUCACCCCCAUCGAUCCGGUGACCAUGCCCGCCACCAAAAAGAUUUCGGACAGGAAUCACUUAGGGAAAGUGUUCAACAAGCUUUUGAAACAGAUUGGAGAUUCUCAAGAAUUUGAGUUGCCAGAUUGGCUGAACAAAGGGAAACCUACUCCUUAUAUCUUCAUCAGGCGCAAUAUUUACUUGACGAAGAAAGUCAAAAAGAGGGUUGAAGAUGAUGGAAUCUUCUGUUCUUGCUCCUCCUCUUCCCCUGGUUCUUCUUCUUCUUCUUCAACUGUUUGUGGCAGUAACUGCCAUUGUGGGAUGCUAUUCUCAACCUGUUCCUCAAGUUGCAAGUGUGGGAGUGAGUGUAACAAUAAGCCAUUCCAACAACGCCAUGUCAAGAAGAUGAAGUUAAUUCAGACAGAAAAAUGCGGAUCAGGGAUUGUAGCAGAAGAAGAAAUCAAACCUGGAGAGUUUAUCAUUGAAUAUGUUGGAGAAGUUAUAGAUGAUAAAACUUGUGAAGAGAGACUUUGGAAGAUGAAACACCGUGGCGAGACAAACUUUUAUUUAUGUGAGAUUAACAGAGAUAUGGUGAUUGAUGCUACUCACAAGGGAAAUAAGUCGAGAUAUAUCAAUCAUAGUUGCAACCCUAAUACGCAGAUGCAGAAAUGGAUUAUAGACGGAGAGACAAGAAUCGGCAUCUUUGCUACGCGUGGCGUAAAGAAGGGAGAACAUUUGACCUAUGAUUAUCAGUUUGUUCAGUUUGGUGCAGAUCAAGACUGUCAUUGUGGAGCCGUAGGUUGCAGAAUGAAGCUUGGGGUAAAACCUAGCAAACCUAAGGUAGCCUCGGAUGAAGCUUUUAAUCUAGUGGCACAUGAAGUGGCCCAGACUCAGGCUCAGCCCAAUGUGCAUCAAAAUGGACAUAUACAUGCAGGAAAAUCAAGGAACAAUCUUAGUGAAGGGAAAAUAUGUUCUCGUAAUUGCAUUGGUGAAGUGAUCAGGUUAUCUCGCCCCAUGAGUGAUAGGUGUUUUGGCCUGGUUAGACAUUUUGAUGUGUAUUCAAGAAAGCACUCGGUAAUGUUCGAGGAUGGUGUUACGGAGUUUAUAGACAUGUCGAGGGAAGAUUGGGAGAUUGUAACUGUCUGAUAUUGCUUUGAGAUUCCCUUGCUGCUAUGUUUCUGCAGAGUUGAGAAACCAAUAUAAUCUAGCCAUCUUGGUUUAACUGAAGUAAUCAAAGAAACGGUCGUUCGGGAUCAUCAGCAGUGACAUUGCUGUUGCAUCUAAAUUUGUUAUAUGUUGUACCAUAAUCUAAUGUUUACAAAAUAUAUAUUUACUUGUAACCACAUUUCUACUUUCUUUCUCAUUCCUUUUGUCUCAUGAGCAUCUAAUAUGAUGAUGUCUUGCAAGAACUUUGUGGUUGUUGUAUGGAUAAGAUAUUAUUUCCAGUAGUAGGUUUUGUAAGAACCGGUAAUGAUAUCAUAUCCGGUUUAGUUUUUUUUAGAA